UGUUUUUUUUUUGUAAAGCAGAAGGAGAGAAACAUGUCUUCCCCCGUGCAGGAGAGGAGCGGUGGCGCCCAGCUGGGGCGCGCGCUGCUGCUGCUGCUGCUGUCGCUCUCCGGUUGUGCGAGCAUGGAAGUUAUUGUUCCCAAUCAAAUUGAUGCACUCAAUGGAACGACAGUGAAAAUCCCCUGCACAUUCACUUCCUGCUAUAAGAUGGAUGAGCUCACCUUUCAAAUGAACUGGACCUACCAAGAAACACGCAACGAUACAGAGGAGAUGUUUCUGACGUACUAUCGGAAAAGGGGGAUGGUCCCUCUGCGUUCAGAACGGUUUGGAGAGAGGGUCAUGUUUGCUGGGAACCUGGUUAAAAACGACCUGUCAAUCACGUUGUCAGACGUUCAGCUGGACGACGAGGGGAUUUACAACUGCUACGUGAAAAAUCCCCCCGACCGCAUUCAGGGACACGGCAUCAUCCAGCUCAAUGUGGUCACAGAACUCCCCCCACCCAGGGAUUCCACCAUCGCGGUUGCAAUCGGAGCGUCAGUGGGCGGAGCACUCGCUCUGCUCAUCCUCUCCAUGGUCGUGGUGAAAUGCCUCCGUCGACACCGGAAACAGGACCUGAUCUCAGAGGAAAAGAUGGAGGAGGAGGGGAAACUGGAUGCCGAGGCUGUUGCAGAGGAGGGGACAAAACAACCGUAGCUGUCUGGAGUGAUUGAGCCAGUGGCUUCUGGAGCUCAACGCUGCAACUG